CCCCGGAGUCCGCUCCCCCGGCUCAUGUAGGGCUGAGUCCUCUUUAGGAGAACGUUCUCUUUGAGGCCCGGUGUGGGGACUGCAGGCGGCUAGAGGGGAAUGCACCUUCGCGAUGCUGACGGUGAACAUGAGGCUACUGAUAGAGUAGCAGAAAAUGAACAUAGCUCAGGGACCAGUCUCAUUCGAAGACGUAACUGUGGAGGUCACCCAGGAGGAGUGGCAACAGAUGGACUCUGCCCAGAGGACCCUGUACAGAGAAGUGAUGCUGGAGAACUAUAGUCACCUCAUCUCCGUGGGGUAUUACAUUACCAAACCCCAGGUGAUCUUCAAGUUGGAGCAAGGUGAAGAUCCCUGGUCCUUAGAGGAAGAAUUCCUAAACAAGAGAAACCCAGGAUAUUGCAAAGUUGAUCUUAACAUAGAAGAGAACCAGGAAAAACAAGAGAAACCUCUAUGGCAAGUAAUAUUCACUGAUAACAAAAUAUUCAGUGAAGAAGGACAGAAAAUUUUAGGAAAACCAAUUAAUCUGGAUAUAACUCCAGAUUUUUCAGGAGAAAUGCCCUAUAAAUGUGACUCAUGUAGAAUGAAUUUGCCACUUGUUUCUGACUUAAUUAUAAGUGAUAGGAACUAUUCAAGAAAGAAGACUGAUAAUAUAAAUGUAUGUGAAAAGUUACAGCUGGAUGUUAAACAUGAGAAAACCCAUACUGGAGAGAGGUCUUACAAAUAUAACAAAAAUGUGAAAUCUCUUAGUCAUAAGAAAGGUCAGCAGAAAUUGCAAACUCUGGAGCAACCUUUUGAAUGUAAUGAAUUUGGAAAAGUUUUACAUGAUAACAUUGCUCUCUGUGUUAUUGCCAAGAGUUCUCUAACAGGACAGGAGUCCUGUAAGGAUGAUGAAUUUGGGAAAAACUGUGAUAAGGCAACUCUAUUUAACCACAUAAGAACUGGCACAAGGGAGAAAUGCUUUGAUCUUAAUGAAUGUGGCAAAACCACCAUUGUGGAAUACAAUAAAGUUCACAUGGCCCUGACACACAGUGAAUUUAAUGAAAGUGGAAAUAACUUCAACAGGAUUUCACCCCUCGUUCAGCCUCAGGGAACUGUUAUAGGACAGGGUUCUUUUGAAAGCAAUACAUGUGAAGAAAACUUGAGCCAAAGCUCAGCCCAUCUAAUAUAUCAGAAGAUACAAACUGGUGAUAAACCCUGUGUUUUUAGUGGAUGUACAAGUUUCUCCUACCAGAACUUAGACCUUACAGUAAUACAUCAGAGAACUCAGACUGAAGAGAAAUUCUACCAAUGUUGUAAACAUGGGAAAUCUUUACAUCAAAACUCACUCUUCAGUGUACAUCAGGGAAGUGACACAGGAAAGAAGUCAUUUGAAAGUAAUGAAUGCAGUAAAUUAUUUUACCAGAAAGCACAUCUCAUUUACCAUCAGCAGACCCACUCAGAGGAGAAAACCUAUGAAUGUGAGGAAUGUAGGAAAUCCUUUUGUUCAAAUUCACACAUUAUUCAUUAUCCUGGAACUCAUAUGGGGGUGAGUCUCUAUGAAUGUAAUGAAUGUGGGAAAACUUCCUGUCAGAUGUCAAACCUCAGUGAACAUCUGACAGUUCACCAAAAGGAAAAAUUUUAUGAGAACAGUGGAUUUGGGGAAUCUUACAAGAAGUCUGUGCUCUUAGUACACCAAGGAACACAUGCACAGAUUAAAGUCUAUCAAAGUAAUAAAUAUGAGAACUCAUUCUCCAGGAUAGCACAACACAAAGAAUAUCAGAGAAGUCACACAGAGGAUAAACCAAAUGAAUGCACUGAGUGUGGAAAAACUUUCUCCAAGACACCACAUAUCAGAGCACAUCAGAGAAUUCCUACAGGCAAAAAAAACUACAAAUGUAUUACAUGUGGGAAAAAUUUCUCUAAUAAGACACACUUCGGUGCACUUCAGAGAAUUCAUACAGGGGAGAAACCGGAUGAGUGUAAUGAAUGUGGGAAAACUUUUGCUGAUAAUUCAACCCUCAGGACACAUCAGAGAAUCCACACAGGGGAGAAACCCUAUGAGUGUAAUGAAUGUGGAAGGUCUUUUGCCCAUGUAUCUGGUCUCAGAUCACAUCAGAGAAUUCACACAGGAGAGAAACCUUAUGAAUGUAAUGAUUGUGGGAGAUCUUUUUCCCAUAAUUCAGCCCUCAGAGCACAUCAAAGGAUUCACACAGGAAAGAAGCCCUAUGAAUGUAAUGGCUGUGAAAAAACUUUCACCCAUAAUUCAGCCCUUAGAGUACAUCAGAGAAUUCACACUGGGGAGAAACUGUAUGAAUGUAAUGAAUGUGGGAAAACUUUUUCUCAGAAGACACAUCUCAGUACACAUCAGCGAAUUCAUACAGGUGAGAAACUCUGUGGGUGUAAUGAAUGUGGGAAAACCUUCUCCAAGAAAUCGUACUACAGUGGACACAAGAGAGUUCACAAAGGGGAAAAACUUUAUGAAUGUAAGGAAUGUGGGAAAACCUUUGUUUAUAAAGCAGCCCUCAUAGCCCAUGAAAGAAUUCACACAGGAGAGAAACCCUAUGAAUGUAAUGAAUGUGGGAAAACUUUUUCCCAGAAGACACACCUCAGUACACACCAGAGAAUUCACACAGGUGAGAAACCUUAUGAAUGUAAUGAAUGUGGGAAAACUUUUUCCCAGAAGUCAUACCUCAGUGGGCAUGAGAGAAUUCACAAAGGGGAAAAACCUUAUGAAUGUAAAGAAUGUGGGAAAACCUUUGUUUAUAAAGCAGCCCUCAUAGUCCAUCAAAGAAUUCACACAGGAGAGAAACCCUAUGAAUGUAAUGAAUGUGGGAAAACUUUUUCCCAGAAGACACACCUCAGUGCACAUCAGAGAAUUCACACAGGUGAGAAACCUUAUGAAUGUAAUGAAUGUGGGAAGACUUUUUCAGAUAAUUCAGCCUUCAGGGCACAUCAGAGAAUUCACACAGGGGAGAAGCCUUAUGAAUGUAAUGAAUGUGGGAAAACUUUCUCCAAGACCUCACACCUCAGAGCACAUCUGAGGACUCGUGCAGGGGAGAAACCUUAUGAAUGUUAUGAAUGUGGAAAAACUUUCUCCCAGAAAUCAUAUGUUAGUGCACAUCAGAGAAUUCAUACAGGGGAGAAACCCUAUGAAUGCAAUGUAUGUGGAAAACUUUUUGCCCAUAAUUCGACCCUCAGAGUACAUCAGAGAAUUCAUUCAGGUGUGAAAUCCUAUGAGUGUAAAGAAUGUGAGAAAACUUUCUUCCAGAAGUCACACCUUAUUGCACACCAGAGAAUUCACACAGGGGAGAGACCUUAUGAGUGUAAUGAAUGUGGGAAAGCUUUUGCCCAAAAUUCAACUCUCAGAGUACACCAGAGAAUUCACACAGGGGAGAAACCAUAUGAAUGUGAUGAAUGUGGGAAAACUUUUGUCCGUAAGGCAGCCCUUCAAGUACAUCACAACAGAAUGCACACCAGCGAUGAAACUCUUUCAUGCCAUGAAUUUGGGAAGUCCUAAAGAACCCCAUACCUUAUUAGGUAACACAGUGGAUAAGUUCAUGUCACAUAGACUGCAAAUUUUUUCUUUUUUUUUAAACAACUUGUUUCCUUUUCUAGUAGGCAUGAGCUUGUCUAAAUUAUUUUUUUGUCCUUCAUCUGGGUGGGGCUAGUCAUGAUAUGACACUAUUACAUUUCAGCUAAGUUUGGCUUUAAAGAGUCACCUUACAUUCUUCCUAUUCUUUGUUAUACUGGAGUGGAGAAAUUUCCAUGGCAGACUCGGGUGCUAUGUAUUGAACAUAGAGCACAAGGUGAAAGAAGUUAGAAUCUGAAUAAUAGUGAAACAAUUCUCCACUAACAGGUCUUGCCCAGUUGUUUUUUUUUAAACAGGAAUUAAAUUUGUACUGUGUUGACUUUUUACAGAUUUUGGUCUACUGGUUAAAUCAUACAGUUUAGCAAACUCUAUUAGAGUGGGGUGAAACCUGUCAACCCAGGGUUGUUGGUGUUAAUUUAGUGCCAGCAGCAAUCCUCAAUUUGGGGUGUGGUGAAGAAGGAAACUUUAUUCAGUGCAAGUGAUGAUUCAGUGGGGCUGUAAAGACAACACUGCUGUGGAACAGCUCAGUUGUGCUGCAGCACAGCUGUGAAAAUAGCCUCGCUGUGAGGCUGCCAUGAGGCCAGGCCCCUCUUUGGCUAGGCAGCUCCAGUCUGCUCCAGGAUGGUCUGCUGGUCUGCUCUGCUUUGCUUCACUCCAUGCCAGCCUGCUCCACUUUGCUCCAGGGAGACAUCUUUGAUGUUUCAGCUUUAGCCAGGAAAUGCAAUCUUCAUUCUUUGGUGGAAAGUGCCCUCUCUAAGCCAGAGGGGAGCUGGCUUAUAUGGACACAGGACCCUGCCCCUGGUCCCUCAUUGGUCCUUAUGCAAAUGAGGAGUCCAGAUACAGUUUGGUGCAAAGGCACUGUCCUAUUGGUCAGAAUAGAGCUGCUCUGAUUGGUUAGAGAAAGCCUCAGUCCUAUUGGUUGAAAUAGAAUUCCAGGAAACCUUUGCAAGGGUUUGUUCAGAUGGCAGAAACACAGUGCAGGCAGGCAGUUCAAUGCAGAAGCUUCAUGCAGUGUAGUUUGUGUGAGAGACCACUGGGCAGAAAUGGCUGCUAGACUGCUAUUUAUUUUUACUUUAUUUCUUUAUUUGAGCCUAGUUGUCCUUUUGCCCUUCCUGGGUUCACCAACCAUAUAAAUAUAAUAAAUAUCAGAAGAACCUCUCAGAAUUGAAACAGUACAUCAGAGAUAUCAUUCACAUGAUGAAGGCAACUUCUGUCAAUGUCCUAAAUGAGCAAAUGACCUUAAAAGAGAGAAAUCUCAGGGAAAACCACAAAAACCUUUACUUCCAAGUGAACUUCAUCAAACAUCAAAUAAUAUUAGACUAAAAUGUAUUUUGAUGAAUGACAUUUUAACACAUUGAAUUUGUGUCAGAUAAUUAUUUUCUAAGGAAAUAUGUCAGUUUCAGAAUUGUAGGUAAAAUCUUCAACUGGAACUGAUGUACUAAAACUUGUUUAUAAGUUUUAUAGAACAUAUAUGAGUGUAUCUAUGCACAAAUUCAUUGUAGAAAUUUUAAAGAUAGAAGAAUAACUUGAAUUCUGCAGACAACACCAAUAAAUGUUUGUGUCUAAUUUCUAAGCUAUGUGGUACAUAUGUGAGUCUAUGUAACAGUAGAAGGCAGUCGCCAAACCUGCUGUGACCUGUUCACUUUUCUUUUUCAAGUGACCAUCAACAUGCUGCUUCUGUUGGCUUCUCUCAGCUUGAUGAUGUUAAAUUUUGGCCUAUCUUCUAUGUCUGAAUAUUGGUCUGGCCCUGUUUUUCUAGGACCAUAAGAUUUCUCAAGGAUUCUUUGUGUAUGUGUGGUGAAUGUUGAUGCUUAUAUUUUCUUUUGGACUUCAUUUUAUGCCAUUUUAGUGGUUCACUUUGUACUAAUUAUAAAUCAAAUCUUAGCUCUCUUGUAUGUAUGUACCCUGAGCAUCAUAUAUAGGAUCUUUUCCCAACCCCACAAUACUGCAACAUUGCAAACUAGUUAAUUUCUAUCCUGCUUGGAAAGCAGGCUUUAGAGUUGGAAUGAAAUCAGGGCUACUUUCCUAUCAGGAGCACCACAUUGCUAUUAGAAAAAGAAAAAUUCUCUUGGGGAAGCAGUAUAGUGUAGUCUUAGCCAAGAGAAUAUUUGGAAAAUCUGCCUUAAUUUCAGGCUACAUGAUUUGGUCAGCACAGAGAAGGAAGUAAGUGAGAUUCUUAUUUUUAAAACUUGGAACAUUAAAAAUUUCAACUGUGGGCAUGUUGCUUUCUGAAAGUGCAAUCUGGUAGACUGAGCAUGUGGACAAUAAAUUAGUUGAUUACCUGAGUAAAUCCUCUGUUCCCUAUCUUAUAUUGGUACUGUGUAAAGGAAAAUAAUGGUAUGUUUUCAGCAUUGAUUGGAGAACAGAUAUUUCUUUGACACUGGCUUAUUGCUUACCUUAGCAGCGUUACUGCCACAGAAAAGGGCCAGGAGUAAAAGGUCACCAUUACAUGAGGUUAUAUCAUAGUACUACUAGGGCUAUCACACCAGAGACUUAAUCAGUACUCCUGUUGGCAGGAGAGUUGCAAAAGCUAAAAGUCCCCCAGUCCCACACUUAGAUGCAGUGUGAACUUAACUGCAUGGUGCCAAAAGGGAAAUGAGUCAAAAGACAUCUCUUUUCUAUGUGCUUGAUUUUUAAAAUAACUAUUGAUUUGUAGAAAACUAAUGGAAAUUACUUAACCUGGAGAACUUUAUAUUUUUUAAAAGUUAACUUCAGUCUAAAAUAGUUGUAGAUUUAAGAAAAUCUAAAACAAUAAUUCUUAUAUAUUCCUCACACAGUUCCCCUUGUUAGUAUCUUUUGUUACUUUGGUAAAUUUGUCAUAAAUUGAUGCAGACUCCGUCCAGCCGGGUCUGUAUGUUGUGGAUGCAAUGAACAAAUUCACACAGACUACAGAAGUCCUGUGGAGAAAAAGGGACAGCAUGGCUACUCUCCACGAGAGGGCUCCUUAACCCUUGCCUGGACGGGCUUUUAUUGCUUUCUAAUAGCAUACAUCAAAGAAAAUUUUCAUUCAUUAUGCUCAGGUUUGCUUUAGGUGAUUACUUUUUACAGAUAACACAAGAAAGGAUGCUACUGAUUAUUUCUUACAGAUUAGCAAGGAAAAAAUGUUGCAAAUGCAAGGGAAUGAUAAGUGAUUGGUCUGGUUAUACUCCAUCCUUGGGAGAAUUAGCACAGACUUCAGGAAGUUACUUUAAAGAUACGCAGUAAACAUUUGCUGCUUCAACUCAGGGUGAGGGAGUUUUAGCAAGAGCAAGCCUCAAAGCAGUCUAGGAGUAAUGCAGGCCUGAUUUCCUAUGAGAAAGCCAGUCUGUGAGUUUGGCUCCUGUGUUAUGACUCGUGCCUGUCAGUUUUCCAAUAAGGCUGAGCUACAUUUUGCUGUUGCCAGGUGGACUGGUUCCCUAUGAUAAAUAAAUAACAUUGAUGCAUUAUUAACAAAACAUUAUUUUUCAGAUUUCACUAGUUUUUCUCUAGUGUUGUUUAUUCCAAAAUUUCAUCCAGGAUACAACAUUACAUUUAAUUUUCAUGCCUCCUUAGCUUCUACUGGUGUGUAACAAUUUCCCAUACCUUACAUGUUUUUGAUUAACUUGACAGUUUUGAGAAGUACUUGUCAAGUAUUUUGCAGACUAUCUCAAUUUUGGUAUCUGAUAUCUUUUUAUGUUUACUCUGGUGUUACAGAUUUGUUUAUUUUACAGGAAGAUUACAGAGGUAAAAAAAAUACCAUUCUCAUUAUAUUAAUAGCAAAUGCUGUUGGCCUGAAGAUCACUAACAAUGCUAAGCUUGAUCAUCUGGUUGAGGUAGGGUCACCCAAUUUAAAAGCAUGUAUGUAAGCCCAUGCUUGCUACUGUAAUAAAUUAUUAGUUUAUCAAAUUGUAAAUAAAAUAAGUUCAAAAUCCU